AUGGAUCGAACUCGUCAAACAACGGAACCCGCUUCGAAGCAAUCGUCAAUAAUUAGCAUCUCAUCGAAUAUACCUCUGAUGUCAACCAAAUCCGAUGAUACAGUUCAUGAAACAACAAAUGCUCAAGCGGUUUUAGAUUCAUUUCGAACAAACUCAAAUCGUGAAUCGAAACGCGGUCGAACGAUCUGUCAACCAAAAGGAACCAUAUCUUACACAGUUGGCAAUACUGAUACAUUGGAAAAGAUCGCUCUUCAUUUUAAUUUAACACCGUCCGAAUUACUUCAGCUCAAUAAAUUAAACACGCGAAUCGUCUUUCCCGGACAAGUACUCUUUGUUCCGGAUGUUUCAUCUUCACAAACGGGAGUGGAAGAGAAAUCUUCAAUACCGAGUCUUCCACUAAUUUCACCAUCUUCGAUAACGAAACCAAAGGAAGGUGAUGCAUUUAUUCUCCUAACCGAUCGUCGUUUAUCUAAUGAAUCGUCAACGUCAGGAACUCAGCAGGAUGUCGGUGCAAUGGUUUGGUCUAUGGCACGGCAAACAUCAGCCAAGCCUGGCCGUGCACAACGAUUGAAAAGUGAAGCGAGCACCGAAAGUGAUGCAUCAACAUCACCACGAACAAUCGAAGAUCGGUUGAAAACUCAUGUACAGGAUAACAGUCGGCAAGUGAACGAAAUCCAGAAGACGCUUUCUACUGAAGAAAACCAACAGCUUGAUGAAGAAUGUUUACAACGAUUUAUUAAGGUCAACGUUCGACUGAUGACCGAAGAUCGCAAAAAUGUCGCUGGCACUUUACUUGUCACACCUAAUGCAGUUAUGUUUGACCCCGAUGUUCUCGAUCCAUUAGUGAAAGAGAAUGGGAUUGAUAGAUAUGGCUUAAUUAUUCGAAUGGAUUUACUUGCUGGUAUUGCUCUCUAUGAAGACAUGGUUGUAUAUGAACACGAAGCUGCAUUACGUGAUGAAGAAAAGCGUAAAAUGUGUCAUUCAUCAAGCAUUAAAAACCUUCUCAAACACUCAGUGAAUAGCGACGAAGAACAAGUACACGAACUAAUGACAUCAUUAUUAGAUAAAAUCGAUAAAGAAUACAAUACGGAACCAGUUGAUACCAGUCGCAUGCUAUUCAACGCCUCCUCCAGUGCACACCGACACGCAUCGCCCGCACAGCAGCUUCUUGAGAAUGAUGAUUUUUGCUAUUCACUCGACGGACACAAACAUUCCAGCGGAAUUCUAAUUAAUGAAAACGAUGUGCCAUCACAUGGUUAUCAAUUAGAAAACUGUAUACCUGUUGAAGAGUUUAGCAAACGCUUCGGUGAAAUCGAUAAAUUAUUACAAAAACAACACGAUAUCUACGUUACACCACACCCAAUCGAAAUCCCAUAUUAUUUGUGCAUAAAAACGAGUACAUUUGCCAAUAGUCCAACUUCCAAUCGCGACAGACGACAUAAUACACAUAUGGAUGAUGUUUACGGAAAGAAAGAGCUGGAACAUGAAUAUUGGUUUUCUGUUCCGAAGGAAAAAAUUGAUCAUUUAUAUGCAUUUUUUCUGCGUUGGAGUCCUGAACGUACAUUAGAUCCACAUUACAAUGAUGAUUAUCCGGAUAAUAGUAAUAUUUCAGUAGAUCAAGGCAGAUUUUCAAACCAAUCGAAACAUGGCGAAAUCUCAUCAAACAAAGGGUUUGUACUCUUGGCCAAUGACGAUCCGGAAUUAAGUGAUGAUUAUUCGUCUCCUCAAAAUAACAAUAGUUCAAAAAGUGGAACACAGAGCAGCCCGCCUGAUCAAGGUGCAAAUGAAACGAAGAAGCAACAUUAUCUCAAACGACAAAACACAUUGCUCAAGGAAUGGGAGGUAAUGAAGAGAAAACAUUCAGUAUUUUAG